CUGGCUUCAUGCACCCGAGUGGUGGGUUGUGCAGGGUGGAGAAGCAGGGCACGUGCAUGGCUUGCACGUCUUCUUCUUCCACCAACGAAGGCUGUGCCUGUUCUUCAUGUGCCCAUCUUCUCCACCAUGCACAGCCAAUCUUAUUUCACCGCAAGCGCAAGAUGGAUGACUUCCAGGUCGACGUCGCAGUUGCGUCCAUUUGCUCGAAGAUUGACCAAAGAGCAAAGAGGUUCAUGAUUCGUAUGCAGGAUCCACAGCCUGCUCCUUCUCUGAUGCAUACGUUACAGGCGAGAAGAGAGAGAGAAAGAGAGGACAUGGGCAUUUCCUGUGAGUACAAAGAAGGAUAACGAGUACACUUUCGAUUCUCAUCAGUUUCUGUGAAUUCUGUGCAGGUUUAGAGGAAGAUGACUCCAUUUGCCUCAGAAUCUUCUGACAUGCUAAUUGCGAGUACUCUUCAAGAUAUCGAGUAUGAGGUGUGGCAGUAGGAAAUAUCAGUAUUUCUUGUAGAUCACAUACCAAUACUUCACAAUAGCAGGUUUAGAGGAAGAUGACUCCAUUUGCCUUCACCUGUCUGCCUAAUUAUAUGUGCCUUUCGGCCGAAGGCGCUACAAACUGUAACGGGAAGGAGGCGCUCGCGAUAUCCUUCUCGAUAGGCAUUAUAACGUUUAUUGGGACGCAUAACGUGUCGUUUAUAACGGGUCAUCGGUUGCUACAGCGACGCUGCUGGGUUGGUAACGGUUUAUGCACGGGUUUAGACCCAUUCGCCUUAGAACCCUAAUCUCUCGGUGAACAGAACGCCGGUUUACUAGAUUAGUUGCUCUCGCUGUUGCCAGUCUGUAGCUCUCGGUUGGGGUUCGCUUCCCCUUGCUUCGGUUCCGAUCAACGUGGCGUCCGAUCUCCCACCUUUCAUCUUCUGAUCCGAGAUCGUCAAAGAAACCUUCUUUGUUUCGGGAAGAAUGUCGAAUUCUCUUCAAACGAUACACAUCUCUCACAUUUCUCCACCGGCCGAUCUCCCUCGGCUUUUUAAGUUGGGUAAAGGACGGAAAAUCUCAUUAGGAGCAGUAAUUCCAAAGAUUUCCUCAUGUCUGGUGACGGACCCACGGCAGGGGUCAGCUUCCGCGAAGCCGGUGACGAGGGAGAGCAAGGAAGUGAUGGAGACGGAAAGGAAUGUGCUCGUGGGAACCUAUGCUCGAGCUCCGGUGGUGAUCAAGAGUGGCAAGGGAUGCAAGCUCUACGAUGUGGACGGGAAGGAGUACCUGGACAUGACGGCCGGGAUCGCGGUGAACUCCCUCGGGCAUGGCGAUCCCGAUUGGGUGAAUGCUGUGGUCGAGCAGGCCAGCACUCUUACCCAUGUCAGUAACGUCUACUACUCAAUACCUCAGGUGACUCUUGGAAAGCGCCUUGUAGAGUGUUCAUUUGCAGACCGUGUUUUCUUUACAAAUUCUGGAACAGAAGCAAAUGAAGCAGCUAUAAAGUUUGCUAGGAAGUUCCAAAGAUUUUCACAUGCUGAUGAGAAGCUUCUUGCUACUGAGUUUAUUGCUUUCACUAAUAGUUUUCAUGGGAGGACGAUGGGUGCUCUUGCCCUCACAAGUAAAGAACACUACAGGUCACCCUUUGAACCUGUCAUGCCUGGGGUUACGUUCAUAGAAUAUGGGAAUAGUGAAGAAGCCAUAGAAGCAAUUCAACCUGGCAAAACUGCAGCAGUUUUUGUGGAACCUAUUCAGGGUGAAGGUGGAAUAUAUAGUGCCACAAAGGACUUCCUGCAGGCGCUUCGCACUGCCUGUGACAAUGCCGGUGCUCUUUUGGUAUAUGACGAGGUCCAGUGUGGGUUGGGCCGAACAGGUCAUCUCUGGGCCCAUGAGGCUUUUGGUGUGGCUCCUGAUAUGAUGACCCUUGCUAAACCCCUCGCCGGUGGUCUCCCAAUUGGUGUCGUCCUCACCACUGAAAGGGUUGCUGCGGCCAUAAGCUCUGGGGACCAUGGGAGCACAUUUGCUGGUGGACCUCUUGUUUGUCAUGCUGCCCUUGCAGUACUGGAUAAAAUUCAGAACUCCAUUUUCUUGGCCAGUGUAACCAGAAAAGGACUCUAUUUGAAAGAUCUACUCCUUAAUAAACUGGGAGGGAACCCACACGUGAAAGAAGUACGUGGAUUUGGGCUCAUCGUGGGAAUUGAGCUGGAUGUCCAAGCUUCUCCCCUUGUUAAUGCAUGUCGAGAUGCUGGCCUUUUGGUGCUGACGGCUGGAAAAGGGAAUGUCGUUAGGCUGGUACCUCCGCUAAUCAUAUCUGAGACGGAGCUGGAACAGGCCGCUGAAGUUCUGAGCGCAUGCUUGCCUGCUCUCAAUGCUCAUGCUUCUAGUUAAGGUACAAGCUUCAGUUUUUAAGGUAUGGUUCAUGUGAAGACAUGUUACCUGGACAUGGUGUGAACCGUUGGCACUCUAGGUUAUAAGAUUCUAAGUCGUCCUAAUCGGCACAAUGCGCCUUAACGGAAGGUAAACCAGCAACAUGUCUGCCGAUUUCGAUUCGCUGCUUUUUAACAGUGGAACAACCGAUAUUUUGCAACUGGUUGAGUUCACUAACAUGAAGGUUUAUAGUACGUGUUUGAGCUGAAAGAUAUUUAUAUAUAUGAGCAAUCAUGUUGCAAAAUUAUAGCUUCAAGAUCAUGUCUGCUGAGUUGGAAAGAUGGCUAAUGAGUUUGUGUGUAUGUAAAUGCCAUGUCUCACAGCAUAAAUAUGCACAAACGAUGUUAUUUCUCUGGUAUGUUGAUGAAUGUUGAAGUGUUUGACUUGAUUCCAA